GACAGCUUCCAGGACAAGGGUGGGACAGCUUGGCAGAGUGACAAAUUCCUCCAUCCAAAUGUGCCUGAAUUUGAGUCAUCCCCAGCAGUUCAUGCUGCUUCAAAGGAAGCAAGGAUCUGCAUCUUCCUUUCCCUCCUGGUCUGGACUGGGAGCAUGACAUGGAAAUACUUAGCAGGAUGCAUUGAAUAAAAUAUGACCAUCCUUCUUUACUAAAGCCAAGCACCAGCUACAAAGGAGCAGGAAGAGCAAAAGGCCUGAGCACACGGGAACUCCUCUGUCUGCCUGAGAGCACCCGAUGCCCCUGAGUCACGAAUUGUCCAGCACAGAGACAUCUCACCCUCCCACCUGCACAGGAAGGCCUGGGAGAGCUCUGACAGCAGGAUUCCACCAAGGUCGUGAUGCCAGAGGGAUCCACGGAAGAGCUCCACAGCAGCCCACAAGUGCCAGAGCCUGCUGGGCUGCUGGCUCCCAGGAGCAGCAGGACAAUGGUGACAGGAGGUGGGGGCUACCUGGGAUACAAUCUGGGAUGUGCCCUUGUCAGCUCAGGAAUUGCUGUUGUGCUGUUUGACCUUCGGAAACCUCAAUGGGAAAUUCCACACGGAGCGGAUUUUUUCAAGGGCGAUGUGAGGGAUUAUGAAGCAGUGUUCAAAGCAUGUGAAGGGGUUGACUGUGUUUUCCAUGUAGCUGCAUGUGGAAUGUCAGGAUUGGAACAACUUCAAAAGAAAGAUCAGAUUGAAUCCAUAAAUGUUGGAGGCACAAAAAUAAUAAUUGAUGUCUGCAAACAAAGAAAUAUCCCUAGACUGAUAUAUACCAGUACAGUGAAUGUGGUGUUUGGAGGGAAUCCUAUUGAAGAAGGAGAUGAAGAAACUGUACCAUAUUUUCCACUGGAAAAGCAAUUUAAUCAUUAUUCCAGAACCAAGGCAAUUGCAGACCAAAUGGUUCUUGCUGCUAAUGGAACUUUGCUCAAAGGAGGGGACAAGCUCCACACGUGUGUGCUUCGCCCGCCGGGCAUCUAUGGACCAGAAGAGCAGCGGCACCUGCCUCGAGUAGCCAUAAAUAUCCAGCGGAGACUUUUUAACUUCAAGUUUGGGAAUCACAAAGUUCAGAUGAACUGGGUUCACAUAGGAAAUCUAGUGCAAGCUCAUUUACUGGCUGCUGAGGCUCUCACCUCUGAGAAGGGCUACGUAGCUAGUGGCCAGGCUUAUUACAUCCAUGAUGGUGAAAAUGUCAUCUUCUCUGAGUGGAUAGUGCCUUUGUUUGAAAAAUUAGGCUACAGGAAACCUUGGAUACAUAUUCCUGUUCUCCUGGCUCAUAUAGCAGCCACUGUGAUGGAAUAUUUGCACCUGAUACUAAAGCCAGUUUUUAGCUUUACACCUUUCUUGACAAGGAAUGAGGUGUGGAAUGUCACUGUAACUCACACUUUCCGAAUAGACAAGGCACGAAAUCAACUCGGUUACAAACCAAAGAAAUUCUCAUUCGCUGAUUCCGUGGAUCAUUACCUAAAAACAAGACCUACCUGCCAAGAAGACCACACGUUCCUUAAAAUGGUGUUUGCUUUUGGCAUUUUGUUAGGUUUGAUCAUUCUUUCCUUCUUCUAAAACCAAAUAACUACUCACCUGUUCCAGAAAGCUUCAUUUUGUUUCUGAGUAUUAAUUAUCUGGUCAUAGUACAUUCCUCAGCCACUCUGGACUUUGUUAUUCAUAUUACUAUGAUGACAC